AUGCGUUCUGUUUAUAGACAAAUACUACCUGAGGAGAGUAAUACAGUACUCUCACCUAAUGCAGCUGCCACAGGUAGAGAGAAUAAUUUUCUUACUGUUCAUCGUACUCCUGUGAAGAGAUUGUCAAUUGAUAUACAAUCGAGUUAUACGACAGCUGAUUCGGCUUAUCAGCAAUUUAUGUUAAAUGCUAGAGCUAGUGUGAAACAGUAUAAGAAGGGAUUGUUGUUAUUAUUGAGAUCUGAUUUGGUGGAAACUUCUAAUACAACGAAAGAUUUGAAUGGAGAAACAGUUCAAAUUCAUGAAAUUACAAUGAGAUUAUGUAAGAAUAUUUUACAGAGAGGAUUUGGAGAUCGUCAAGUCAUGGAAACUGUGGCAAUGUUGUUCGCUUACAGACACAUUUGCACUUCAUCAAGUUUAACUGUAGCCGUCGAAUUUGAGUUGACAAUGGAGAGUGAACAAGUCUUUAAACAACUCCUAUCGAGAAAGACAAAGAAAAUACUAAGUUUGUACGCUUCAUUUGUGGAAAUUGUGUAUUUUGAUAAGGAAGGAGCUCAUGCAUUGUACUUGGAAGCCAAUGCAAUGGAAGAGCAGAAACCAGUCAAACUGCAAAAAUACAAGACAUCGAGAAUUAUGCCACAACCAAUGUCAAAAGAUGACAACUUGUCAGAACAAGGUUCAUUUCAAAAGAGAGCUAGUUUCUUUUCAGAUGCUGAAUUUGCUCACCAACAAUUAUUGGAUGAUGUAUUGGAGGAAAGUGCAAGUGUUGCUGGCGCAGGAGGCGAACUCAAAAAGGAUUACCUAUUUAGGAAUGCUUUGAAAACUUUAAAAUCAAAUACGGCAACUAAAAUUUUCUAUGCCAUAUUCUUAUUACUGGGAGGAUUUAUAAUUUUGGGCUCGAUUGGUUUGUCCACUUAUCAAGGGGCCAUUAUUAAGAAAAAUAUUGUAAAUUUGAGAUUAAUUUGUGUUCCACAAAUUUCACCAAUUUCCACAAUUAGAAAUUUGAGAGCUUUCCAAAAUUGGGUGAAUAUGUUUGUGUUGAAUGAAUAUAGUUGGCCAGAACAAAGACAUGGAUUUUUAAAUGAGUAUAUAACAGCAUAUGUUGAUGAUCAUCGUCGAGUAUUGGAACAGGACAUUUCAGUAUUGGAAGACUUGGUAAAAUUAGGUCAAUUGGUAGCGUUUGAUGCAUCUACCUAUACAGCAUAUGGAAAAUCACAAUAUUCCUUCAGGGUUCCAAGUGUUAAUGGAACUGAUUCUUGGUCAAAAUUACAAUUUACUGGAAUUCCAGAAAAUAGAACACUGUCGAUAAUUGAAAUGACUAAUUCCUUAUUGCAAUAUAUGGAUGAAAUCAAAACUGUUCUUCCAUUCAACGAUUUGAAUGCAUUCUUCAAUACAACCAAUCAAACUGCCCGACAUCAAAUUCAAGAACGUUUAUUGAACUCUACACUUCUCAAUCCAGUUAAUGAUUUCAGUUUCAUGUUACUAUGGAUUAAUAUGAAAUCAAGUUCUUUACAAUACAAGGAAUUCUGCUCCAAUUUCAUGAAGAAGAGCAAUAUUCAAGCCAAUGACAUGAUUUACCAAUUCGAAUAUUUUUUCAUUGGAACAUUAUGCUUUUACAUCAUUAUCGGUUUACUUUUCUCGUUAUUCCUUCAAUACGAGCUCACUUUCAUCUCGAGACUGAUUAAAGUAUACGACAAGCAAAUUGGCAAGGAUUUGAUUGGAAGGGUUUAUCAAACCCUUUCUACCAAAACUGAUACAGAAGCCUCCCUAAGAAUGUCCAUAUUUUCUCGAAUGAUGAGAGGAAAUGUCUCUGUCAUUGUGUUGGUAAUUGCAAUUUCACUUGUCAUUCCAUUGUGUGUUGGUUUAAUGUUUUAUGAGAGCAGGGCAACUAUUAAGAGUGCAAUGUUUACGUAUACGAAUGUUGCCCUUUCUUCUGAAUGUUUGCAAAAUUUACAAAUGUCAUCAUUUUUCUUGACAGAGUUAUUAACAUACUAUGGUCUUCCAAUAUUGAGCUAUAAUUCCAUUUCCGUGAAAGGAAAAAAUGUUAAAUAUGGACAUCCAUACUUUAACAAAUAUGAUUUUGUUGGAAUGUAUGCAGAAAUCAGAAAACAAGCAGAUAGUCUAGGUGCAGAAUGGUCUGAAUUAAUUUAUGGUGAUGUAACAAAGCCUGACGAUGAUCCUGUCAUUGGUUUAUAUCCAGUUUUGGAUGCCCUUCUGGUAGAUGUCAAUAAUUGCAGUCUUUACUUGGCCCAACGUAGUUUGGAAGAAACUUAUGAAAACUAUUUGGAGUAUUGUGCUGGAAUUGAAAAGAUUGUGACGUUAUAUUUGACAAAAACGACACAAGUUAGUGAGUUGACCAGAGAUCAUUAUAUUCAGCAAAUGAAAGACCCAUCAAAAUUGAUAGAUCCUUUGGAGUUAUAUUUGCAACACAAUGACUUGUUUAGAAUGUCUAUUCCAUUGACUAAAAAGUUGCAAGUUUACAUGCAAGAGUUUGUAAGAGUUUCAUCUGAACUUUCGUUUGGAUUCUUGAUCGGUUUUAGCAUUUUUGGAUUCUUAUGUAUUGGAGUAUUAGGUUAUUUACUCUUCAGCGUAAUGAAUAAUAAUUGGGAUUCCCUUCAAAAGACCAGAAUGAUGCUCAAUUACAUUGCCCUGGAUUACAUUGAUAGAAAUGAAGUUUUACGAAACCUAGUUCUCUAUCAUAGUUAUCCUAAUGUCAUUCUCGACAAGAUUAGCCACAAGACAAGCAAACAAGAAGAUCGUCUUAGUAUUUCCAGCUUUACCGAAAUGAUCAACAAACACAUUGAUGGAACAAUUCUCAUAGACGAAUCUGGUUACAUUGAUGCAAUGAACAAUGCAGCUCACAGAUUAUUUGGCUCGAAAUCUUCUGACUUUCUUGGAGCUCAGUUCUACAAGCUAUUCGAAGAAAAAUGUUUGGAAAUGGUAAAGAAGGCAUUCUGUUCUAUAAUGGACGCAGCAAAGAAAGCAUCCGAAAGUGCAGAAAAUCGAAGCAUGGUUGAAACUUUGGAAGUUGAUUGUCUCAGAUUGAAUCAAACCAAGUUUCCUUCCAAGAUUUCCUUCUUCUCCAUGAAUAUGUCUGAAAAGGGACUAAUCAUUGUCUGUACCAUUAAGGAUAUCACUUCGGAGACUAAACAAAAAUCACUCCUUGAAGAGGAGAAGAAAAACUCUGAAAAUCUAUUGAAGAACAUUCUCCCAGAAGGAGUAGCAGCCAGAUUAAAGAAGGGUGAGACGUUCAUUGCAGAGAAACUCAAUGACAUUACAUGUUUCUUCUCAGACAUGGUUGGAUUUACAAAAAUCUCAAGUAACAUGCAAGCUACUGAUCUUGUGCAAAUGUUGAAUUUUGUGGUGAACGGUUUCGACAAGUUGACUGAAAAGUAUGAGUUGGAAAAGAUUAAAACCAUUGGUGAUGCCUAUUUUGUGACUGGUGGUUUGAAUGGUUGCUCUGACCAUCCUGAAAAUAUGUUGAAAUUCGCCAUUGAGACAUUUGACGUGAUUAAGGAAUUUAAUCUGAGUGGAAAUUUGAAAGAAGGUGUAUAUUUGAAUAUUAGAAUUGGUAUAAAUACUGGUGCAUGUGUGGCUGGUGUAAUUGGUAUUAAAAAAUUUGCCUAUGAUCUAUGGGGUGAUACCAUCAAUACAGCCUCUCGUAUGGAAUCAACAGGUGUUCCAGGAAGAAUUCAAAUUUCCAGAACAACCUAUGAACGAGUUUAUGAUUUGGGUUUCGAAUUUGAAGAACGACAAGUUGAAGUGAAAGGAAAAGGUCAAAUGCAAGCAUAUCUAGUUAAUGCCAAACAUCAUACAAAUCCACUUAUUGAAUUGGUAUCUACUGCAAUGAUUGAUGAAGAAGAUGAUGAUCUUUCUAUUGCAAGAAUUCUUCACAGCUCGACUAAUACAGCACCAGAGGAAAUUCAACAAGAAACCUCUCCAACUCCAACUCAAUAA